AUGCUUUUACGACGAAUUAUUUGUUUGAAUUCUCAAUUUAAAAAUCACUUACCUCGUCAUGCGUCAUCUGCAACGAGCUUAGUGACGAUUUCGACAUGUGACAAGAAACAAAUCUGUCGGAUUAAAUUAAAUAAUCCACGUCAACGUAAUAUUCUUUCAUUGGCAAUGAUCAAUGAUUUGAUCAAAGCUAUUGAAGAUAACGAACAAAGUUCACGUGUGCUUGUGCUCACUGCUGGCGAUCAAACUGUGUUCAGUUCUGGUCAUAGUCUCAAAGAAUUAUUUGAAUUAAGUAAAACAAAAGCAUGCGGAUCUAUUUUUGAUCGAUGCACAGAACUCAUGCUGAAAGUUCGUCAAUUAUCUAUUCCCGUUAUUGCUGAAGUAUUUGGCCUUGCUGCAGCUGCUGGUUGUCAACUAGUAGCAAGCUGCGAUAUUGUAGUUGCUGGUGAAAAUGCUUCAUUUUCUGUUCCUGGCGUAAAACAUGGAUUAUUUUGCAUAACACCAGCUGUAGCUGUUCGUCGUUCGAUUACAAAUUCGAAACUGUCUUCACUAAUGUUAUUUACUGGCGAACCAAUAUCAGCAAAAGAAGCCUUUGAACAUGGUCUUGUUAGUCGUGUUGUUGGCCAAAAUGAUUUAGAACGUGAAACAAAUAAAAUUGCUCAACAAAUAUGUGCAAAUAGUCGACCUGUUGUUGCUCUUGGUAAAAAAUAUUUACAAUUGAAAGAUGCAAAAGAAGAUUUACUUGAUGAUUAUCAAGUAGCAACACGCGGUAUGCUUGAAAAUUUAGAUCUUAAAGAUACUCAGCAUGGACUUGAAUCAUUUAUUAAAAAAACACGUCCAACAUGGACACAUAAGAAUGAUAAAAUUUAA